AUGGUAUUAGAGACCGCGUACUACGACACGUUGGAAGUGUCGCCGGACUGUACGGUACCGGAACUGAAAAGGGCGUACAAGAAGUUGGCGCUGCGGUACCACCCCGACAAGAACCCGGACGGCGCCGACCGAUUCAAGCUCAUUGCCCGCGCCUACGAAGUGCUGUCCGAUGCCGACCGGCGCCAGGCCUACGACACGGGCGGCGAAGCGGCUGUGAACGGCUCCGGACAGCCACAGUCAUCACCAUUUGAUCUGUUCCAGCAGUUCUUUGGCCAAUCAUCCGAAGACAUUACCAAAGAAUUAAAGGUAACUUUGCAGGAGCUGUACGUCGGCGCUAAUAAGCUGGUCGAGUAUCAGCGACUGGUCCGGUGCCCGACGUGUGUCGGCACCGGUUCCCGGAGUGACGGCACACGCGGUGAUCAAAAGGGUCAACAGCCGUGUCGCCGGUGUCGGGCCACUGGGUUUGAGCGCCGCACUCAACACAUUGGGCUUAUGGUAAUUGAAACUCAAGAGGUAUGCUCGGAGUGUAGAGGCAGUCGCCGGGCGGCCGCCGACCGCUGCCCCAAAUGCGACGGCAAUCGGGUGGUGGAGGAGCGCCACAAAGUAGAGGUGCGCGUCGAUAAGGGCGCCGAAGAUGAGCACAGGAUUGUGGUGACCGGUGGCGGACACUUGGAUCCGAUGAGCGGACAGACUGGCGAUCUGGUGGUAGUGCUCGACGAGCAGUUUGACCGGCGUUUCAAACGUUACAAAAUAGACAACUUGUUGACCACUUUGGACAUCAGCCUAACCGAGUCGUUGUGCGGCUUCCGGACGGGCCUCAAGACACUGGACGGCCGCACACUAGUGGUCACAUCAUUGGCGGGUGAAGUGGUGGCCGACGGUGCCGUCAAGUGUAUCGCCAACGAAGGUAUGCCAGUGUUGGGCCAGCACUUCACCAAAGGUCGGCUGUUAAUCAAGUUUAGGGUAAAGUUUCCGGAAACCAAUCAUUUGACGCCCGAAACUCUAACCCGUUUGGCGGUCUUAUUGUCGCCCACAAAGCCGUUGUUGGCCACACCCGAGCCGUCUGAUUGUAAACUGUCCGGCAAUGAACAGGUGCUGACCUUUUUGGAUAUGGAUGUCGAGCGCGAGAGGGAUGAACAGCACCGACGGUUUGGUCGCACAGAAUUUCAUAAUGAUUUGAAUGGCAAUCACUUUUUUGCUCAUGGUGGUGGUGAUGGUGGUCAAAUGCCAUGCAGUCCAAUGUAA